UUUUCUCUCUUUCUUUCCAGACAUGCGAAAUUACUCUGUGCAGCCAUAGAUGUGUCUCUCAGCUGCACCGCCUCUUGUCUUUCCUCUUCCAGAUGCUGACAGGCUCCGAACCAGCGGACAGAGAGAAACAGGCUCUCCUCAUAUCUGCAUGGAAACUGGAUGGGGGGAAUUAAUAGCAGAAGGGAAGAAGGAGCAAAGUUGGUUAUUUUUCUGGCACAUGGAUGCAAUUACAUGGAGCACAUUCCAGAGGCGUUGCUUUGAAUUCUGAGCAGGUCUGCCUGCCAUUCCUGAGUGGAGAGAAGUAAAAAAAAGGGGGAAGAAAAGUCUCUCUCACAGAGACGGAAUGUCUGCACUUUCUAUCCUGUUUCUAGAUAUAGGUGUAGCAGUGCCAGAAAGAAAACAUCAUUGGACACUAUCUGCACUGGUAGAUCACAACACAGAGACAAAAACAGCAUCCUGUUCCACUUGGCUGUCACGGGCUCAGAUAGAAUUUAAGAAAGUGGCCGAAGCAAACAUUACUCUGCCCUGUCACCAUCGACUGUACCGCCUGGGGCAAACAAGCCUAGACAUAGAAUGGCUGCUAAAGAAUUCCGAUGCUGAACCGAAAGUGGUGAUAAAUUAUGCAGGAAGCAACACCUACACUUACUUUAAUGAUGAACAAAAGGGUCGUGUUUCAUUUGCCUCCAACAACCGGACUGGAGAUGCCUCUUUGGAGAUUUCUUUCCUGCAGCCAAGCGACGCUGGCCAAUACACAUGCAAAGUUAAAAAUGCCGGGCAGUAUGAAUGGACCCACAUAACCCUGAAGGUUCUAGAAAAACCUUCCAAACCCAAAUGCUGGAAAGAAGGAGAGAUGAUAGAAGGGAAAGAAAUUAGUUUACAGUGCAAUACUGUCUCUGGCACUGCACCCAUAAUGUAUAAAUGGGAGCGUAUAGAAGAGGAUGGAAAAGCUGGGUCCCUGCCACCCAUGGCACAUAUCAAUUUUUCGAAUCCUGCACAAUUUCUGCUGAAGAACCUCACAUGGAUGGCAACAGGGUUAUACCAGUGUACUGCCUCUAAUGAAGUAGGGCAGGAAAGUUGUGUUGUAAAAGUGACUGUGCAGUAUGCACAAAAUUUUGGCAUAGUUGCUGGAGCAGUGUGUGGAGCAAUGGGGGGCCCUGCCCUGGUUCUCUUGGCGGUGUGGCUGACAAUCAAGAAAAAAGAGAAGAAAUAUGAAGAAGAAGAGACCCCAAAUGAAAUCAAAGAAGACGCAGAGGCACCAAAAGCCCGAUUAGUCAAGCCUGGCUCUUCCUCUUCUGGCUCCAGAAGUUCACAUUCUGGAUCCUCCUCAACAAGAUCAACAGCAAACAGUGCCUCCCGAAGCCAGCAGACAUUAUCAACAGAAGCCACUCCUCAUAUUACUCCAACGCAACACAACCAGGUUGAGAUAGAUGGCAGGGAAACUGAGCCAAAGAAAAUAAACCACACCAACUUUAUGAAAACAGAAGCCACACCAACCAUGAUGCCUGCUCAGAGUCGGGUUUUCCAGUCAGUUUGAUUAUUCCACAUCUAUUCAGGCUCCAGCUAUGCCCAUAACACACACACACACAAACCACCAGCACUAUAUUAGAUUGUUUACCUUCCAAGGGAGCUCCCCCACCACACACACUCAACCACUACAUAAUAAAACUCAUCACUCAGUAUUCUCUGCUACAGGUAGCCUUGAAAAGUGAACUCAUGCUGGUUUUUUUAUUAUUAUUUUUAAUGCUUUUUGUGAUUAACUCUUAAAGGAAGAAAAGGGAACACUGAAGUGGCAGGUGUCAAAUGCUGGAGUCUUGAACCAUUUUUUUAAAAAAUAAAAAAGAGACACAAAAAAUCCCAAUAGAUCUCUGAAGUGGAAAUUUAUUUGGGAGUUUUCAUGAAAUGUAUACAAGAAGCAAUACUGAAGUGUGUCGGGGGGACGAUGGACAGUGUACUUCUCUUUUCUGUACUGGAAAUAACACCAUCCAUUUUUAGGAUGGAUAUUGCCAAAGUUACUAUGUUGUUGCUUUUAAAAAGGCCAGAAUAAAAUGGAAAGUGUGAUGAGUAAAACUUCUAAUUAAUGGUUUGGGAAAUCUUGUUGUAAAUAUACUUGUGAAAGAAACACUCAGACACCCAAAAUUUAAAGGAAAAAGCCAAUGAAAGUUUGUUUACACAAUGUGACCAGAACUGUAGAAUUCCAUAGCUGAUUUUAAGAAUUCCUCAAAUUUUCCAAAGUACAAAAAGACUUCCAUUAUUACUAUUUGUUACUGAAGAUAUAAAUUUAUAACUAGGCUGAUUAAAUGUUCAUACUGCAGCUGCCUGUUUUAAAGCCUGAAUUCUGACAUUUUAUCACAUUCAGAGUGAAACCACUAGCCUGACAUAGUACAAGAAUGAUUCCCAAAUGGUUGCUUAGAAAGUACCAGUGGAUCAUGUACUGUAUUGGCAAUUCAUUAACGUUAGAUACAACACAAGGGGUUUCAAUAAAGGUUUCUCAAAGGAAAUCAGGGGUGAAUUUUCUUCCUAUGAGAGAACGGCCUUUACUUGGAGAGUCCCUGUAACAAAAUGUUUGGAAAUAUUUGAAGCAUGCUCCAGUAUGAUUAAAAUCACGUAUCUAGGAAUACUAAUGGUUCUAGACAGUUAGUCCUACUCAGAGCAGACCCACUGAAAAUAAUGGACAUGAAUUAUUUAGGUCAAUUCACUUCAAUGGGUCUACUGCAAGUACAGCUAGCUGGGUGCAACCCUAACAGUACCCCAUAUGUUUAUUCAGAAUUCUACUGUGUUGAAGAACGUGCUCCUAAUGUUCACAGAGUAGUACUUUAAGUUUAUUAUCCCCAACUAAGGAACCUACUUUCCCCUUCUUCAAAAUAAACCUAAUACAGUGCCAAUGACUUCUGUUUGCAGGUCAUACUGAAUUCAUAUUAUGCACAUCCUUAACAUGAAUAAAUUAAGAUAUAAGGUUUAUGGACCACUGAACAGUUUUAUCACUGCACUGAUUUGAAUCACCACAGGGAAGAUUGCAAGGUGGUCAACAGUUUAUGAUUUAUUGUAAACUUCAUUUUUCAAACUUUUAACUAGGAAGCUUUUUAGAUCACUUUACUCAGGAUCUGACCCAAGUACAGAAAUGGAUUAAUGAUUUGUAUCACAAAAAAGAGGACACUGAAACAGUGAUAUGUGGCAGAAUUUUUUUCAACACUUUGUUUCCCAUUCAGGAAGCUCAGUAGUAACAAUGAGUGGAUGCUAACUGCAAAUAAAAUACUAGGCAAGUUUGGCAAUUUCAAAGUUUUUAGUUUUGUUUACUAAAUACAAGUAACAUUAACAUGCUAAAUCAGAUCACUCUCUAGGGCACCAAAUUAUUUUCCAUUGCAAGCUUGAAUCCCCACCCCAAUUUAAAUUAUCCCAUACAAAUUACUCUAAUUUACAAAGGAAAAUCUACACCAUUGUAUUCUAAUUGGCUAAGUUGUAAAUAUAUGGUACGUGUGUACUUUGAGCCUUCACAUGCUAUUAAAUUUCCAAACCAACACCUGCCAUUUCUUUAAAGGUGAAGUACAAACUAUGGAUUCUACUAGUUUAGCACAUCGUCAGUGGCAUUAUAGGUUAAAAUUAACCCAAGUGAAUUACACAGGUAUUAAGGGAGAUAAGAUCUAAAUAAAGGUGGAAUAUAUUCUUUCAGAUCAUCAAAUAUUUCACAUUUAAAGAGAAUGUUAAGUGCAAUGGCUUUUGAAGUAGACAUGGUACUAAACACUAUUUCAUAAGGGAAAUCACGCUCAUGUUACGAGAAACCAAACUUUAUUUUGUAAAAUAUUCUAUUUAAAGUAUUUACUGUUAUUCUGUAUACCAAUUGCUACUUAGUGUGGGUGCAUAAAUCUUCUCUAGUUUUGUUUUAAUUCUUAAUUGGUAAACUGAGAUUACGUCUACCUGCUAUUAUUGGUGUACUUGUGCUCAGAAUGAGCAACACAAAAUGAAACAAACAUUUAUUAUAGAUUCCUUUGAAUCAACAAUUUAGUAAGGUUGUUUUGUUGUUGUUUUUAAAUAAAAGAGGCUGCAGUAUAAAUGCUGUAGUUCAACCAAA